AUGGCUAACUAUGCAGAAACUUUUUCAGCAUGGACAAGUAUUUGCCUGACCGAUCAUACACUUUUAGGUGAAAAUGACACAGAAGAUGAUAUAAGAGAAUUAUGUGAGGAAUCAGUUAAAACUUGUCCAUUUGCAGCAGCUGUUUGCGUAAAGCCUGAAUUUGUGAAAUUUAUAAACGACACAAUAAAAAAAGAAAUAUGCCCAUUUAAGCCGAAAGUUGCGUGUGUAAUUAAUUUUCCUCAUGGAACUGAUGUUGUUGAAAAAGUAUUGGAAGAUACAAAAAAGGUAUUAGAGGACGGAGUUGAUGAAAUUGAUUUAGUUAUAAAUUAUAAAAAAGUUUUAGAAAAUGUUGAAGAAGGUUUAAAAGAAGCAACUGAAUUAACAAAAAAAGUGAAAAAUUUAAUGAAAGAAAAGGUUUUAAAAGUAAUAAUUGAAACUGGAGAACUUAAAAAUGAUGAACUAAUUAUAAAAACAACUUUGGCAGUACUUGAAGGAAAUGCUGAUUUUGUAAAAACAUCAUCUGGGAAAGUUCCAGUCAAUGCAACCCCAGGAGCUGUUAAAGCAAUAAUUGAAGCAAUGAAACAAUAUGUAGAAAAAAAUCCGCAAAAAAAAGAUAAAAUAGGAUUAAAGGUUGCUGGAGGUGUGGGAGAUUUAAAUUCAGCCUGCUAUUAUAUCUUAUUAGCAAGACGUUUUCUAAGUGCCCUUGCAUGUCACCCAAAUAAUUUCCGUAUUGGUUCUUCAUCGCUUGUUCCUAAACUUAGGAGGAUUAUAGCACAAAACCCAGCAGUAUAA